GGGCCCGGCCGGGCCAUGGCGGUGCCGCAGAAGCGCUUCUACCGGCAGCGCGCCCACGCCAACCCCCUGGCGGACCACACGCUGCGCUACCCCACCAGACCCGAGGAGAUGAACUGGGCUGAGAUCUACCCCGAGUUUUUUGCCCCGUUGCCCCAGGACGACAGUCACGAUGAUCCAAAGGACGCGGAGGAAAGAGCGCGGCCCCGGGCGCGCGUGGAGUUUGCUGAUGUCGGCUGUGGCUACGGCGGCUUGCUGGUGGAGCUGUCUCCGCUGUUCCCCGACACGCUCAUGCUGGGCCUGGAAAUCCGGGUAAAGGUCUCGGACUACGUGCGGGACCGGAUCCAGGCGCUGCGGGCGUCCCAGCCUGGGCAGUACCAGAACAUCGCCUGCAUUCGGAGCAACGCCAUGAAGCACCUGCCCAACUUCUUUCGCAAGGGCCAGUUGACCAAGAUGUUCUUCCUAUUCCCUGACCCCCACUUCAAGAAGACGAAGCACAAGUGGCGCAUCAUCAGCCCCACGCUGCUAGCGGAGUACGCUUAUGUGCUGCGGGUCGGGGGCCUGGUGUACACCAUUACUGACGUGGAAGAGGUGCAUGAGUGGAUGGGGGAACACUUCAGUGAGCAUCCGCUCUUCCCGCUCUCCCAGCCGGUGCCAUUGGAAGAGAUGAGCUCUGAUCCCAUCGUGGACUGUCUGGGCACCGCCACCGAGGAGGGCAAGAAGGUGCAGCGCAGUGGUGGCAAGACCUUCCCGGCCGUCUUCCAGCGCAUUGAGGACAAGGUUCUGCAGGGAGCACCAGGUCCAGGGCAGCCCCAGGACGCAGCGGGCACGUGAUGGGACUCUGGGGAGGUGUCCACUCCCUUCUUGGCUCUGACGGGCCAAGCACUGGGCAUGGCCUUGUCUGUCCAUCCAUCCUUCCUGCAGCCCAGGGGUGCCUAAGCUGUGACUUCUUCUUCCUGAGCAGCUCUGGCUGUGGGUGCAGAGGCUCUGGGCCCAGGGACUUUGCCAGCGCUGCAGCUGGACUUAUUGAUCGCUAAAUAAACCCUCAACCCAGC